UCUGCCCUGCAUUACCUCCACUUCACAGACUUCUCAUCUCCAGGAACCAUGUCUACCAAAACCACCAUCAGGAGUCAAACCAGCCACCGUGGCUUCAGUGCCAGCUCAGCCAGAGUGCCAGGGCUCAACCGUUCUGGCUUCAGCAGUGUGUCUGUGUGCCGCUCCCGGGGCAGUGGUGGCUCUGGGGCUAUGUGUGGAGGAUCUGGCUUUGGCAGCAGGAGCCUCUAUGGUGUGGGGAGCUCCAAGAGGAUCUCCAUCAGAGGCGGCAGCUGCAGCAUUGGAGGAGGCUAUGGCAGCCGAGUUGGAGGAGGCUUCAGCUUUGGAGGAGCCAGCAGUGGCUUUGGCUUCGGUGGUGGAGCUGGCUUUGGUGGUGGCUAUGGAGGCAUCCAAGAGGUCACCGUGAACCAGAGCCUCCUCACCCCUCUGAACCUGCAAAUCGACCCCACCAUCCAGCGCAUGAGGACCGAGGAGCGUGAGCAGAUCAAGACCCUCAACAACAAGUUCGCCUCCUUCAUCGACAAGGUGCAAUUUCUGGAACAACAGAAUAAAGUCUUGGACACCAAGUGGACCCUGCUGCAGGAACAGGGCACAAAGACAGUGAGACAGAACUUUGAGCCAUGGAUUGAACAAUAUAUUAAUAAGCUCCAAAGACAGCUGGAUGGUGUCCUGGCAGAAAGGGGUCGCCUGGACUCAGAGCUGAGAAACGUGCAGGAUACAGUUGAGGACUACAAGAACAAAUAUGAAGAUGAAACCAACAAUCGUACUGCAUCAGAGAAUGAAUUUGUGACCCUGAAGAAGAAUGUAGAUACAGCCUACAUGAAUAAGGUUGAACUGCAAGCCAAGGCAGACAGUCUGGCAGAUGAGAUCAACUUCCUGAGAGCUCUCCAUGAUGCAGAACUGUCUCAGAUGCAAACUCAUAUCUCAGACACGUCUGUGGUCCUCUCCAUGAACAACAACCGCAGCCUGGACCUGGACAGCAUCAUUGCUGAGGUUAAGGCCCAAUACGAGGAGAUUGCUCAGAGGAGCCAGGCUGAGGCUGAGUCCUGGUACCAGACAAAAUAUGGGGAGCUGCAGGUCACAGCAGGAAGACACGGAGUUGACCUGCGCAACACCAAGCAGGAGAUCGCAGAGAUCAACCGCAUGAUCCAGAGGCUGAGAUCUGAGAUCGAGCACAUCAAGAAGAAGUGUGCCAACCUGCAGGCUGCCAUCGAUGAGGCUGAGCAGCGUGGGGAAACAGCCUUCAGAGUUGCCAGAGACAGUCUAGAAGGGCUGGAGGAUGCCCAGCAGAAGGCCAAACAGGACAUGGCCAGGCUGCUGAAGGAUUACCAGGAGGUCCUGGAUGUCAAGCUGGGCCUUGAUGUGGAGAUCGCCACCUACAGAACCCUGCUGGAAGGAGAGGAGGGCAGGCUGAAUGGUGAAGGCGUUGGACCAGUCAACAUCUCUGUGGUGCAGUCCACCGUGUCCAGCGGCUAUGACAGUGCAGGUGGUGCCAGCGGCAGCUUGGGCCUGGGAGGAGGCAGCAGCUACUCCUACAGCAGCAGCCAUGGCCUUGGAGGUGGCUUCAGUUCUGGCAGUGGCAGAGGCAUCAGUGGUGGCCUCAGCUCCUCUGGUGGCAGCUCUUCCACCAUCAAGUACACCACCACCUCCUCCAGCAGGAAGAGCUACAGGCACUGAGUCCCUGCCACCAGAGCCUGUCCCUGAUCCCAGCUCCCCUGGCUGCAGAGCCCUGUGCUCAGGGGCUGUCCUUGCUGACCUUAGACCUCUGCUCUCUGGUUAGGACUGAGGAGUUGAGUUCUC